AUGCGAUUAGACCAUACAAUUAACGUGUUUCUAGAGAUAAUUGUGAGAAUCCAUACGGUAAUAACUUUUAUCAAAUAACAGUUUACGAAUUUAAAAAAUGUUUUAACUUAGGAGGGAAUCAAGACUGCUAGAGUUGUAUUUAUAGUAAAAUCUGUGGUAUUAAUAUAAAGUAAUGACAAUAUUAGCAGCGCAAGAGCAGUUGGAUAUUUUCUUUAAGUCUACUCAUAGUAUAAUUCAUCUACUUGGCUCUUAUAUUCUGCUAAAAAGUGCUAUUACAGCCGCUGGAAUUCUUCCUUAUAAUAAUGAAUGAAAAAUAAAGUUUAUGGAGAUGA